CAAGCUCUCGCUCGCUUAGGGCAUUGCUCCCUCCUCCCGCACUUUCUCCUCUCGGCUCCUCCUCCACCACUACUACCAGCACACAGCAGGUCCGCCGUGUGCUGCAUCAUCGGUCAGAGCAUUAUUAGUCGCAGCAUUCGCUCGGUCAGUCGUCGGGAGAGGCGGAUCGGUCUCGCGAUCGAUUCGGUGGAGUUGGUCAGUCAACCUCUCGCGAUUGGCAAGGGUGGUUUUAUCUUCGGCAGCGAGGGAGAGAUUGAUCGAUUCCUCGAGGCGGUGAUCGAUCGCGAGGCCGAGGCGACAGGAGAUUGCGUCGGGUGAAUUUUCUGUGUUGUGUGUGGUUUGAGAAGAAGGCAGCGAUGGCCAUGGUCGAUCGAAGGUCUGCGGAGCAGUCAUUGCUGCCCCAGCAUUUGUACAACGCCAGCAGCGUCAGGUCGUUGCUGUCCAGGACCUCCGGUGGGGCUCCAGCGGCUGCCGCAUCCACCGCUGCCUUGUAUGACCCAUUCGCCAGGUUCAGGCCCAACAGCGCCAAGAAUGUCGGCGCUUCCAGAUCCAGCGUUGCGGCUGCCCAAGGAUCCAACUUCAUGAUCCCCUCGGCUUCUGAGCCAGGCAAAAUUGCCAUGUACUCUAAGGAGUUUUACGCCGCCUGCACUUUCGGUGGUAUCAUGAGUUGCGGUCUUACCCACACCAUGGUUACUCCUUUGGACGUCGUCAAGUGUAACAUUCAGAUCGACCCUGCCAAAUACAAGGGUAUUGGUCAUGGUUUCAAGACCAUUCUGGCCGAACAGGGCAUGAAAGGUUUGGUGAAGGGAUGGGUCCCUACUCUGCUCGGAUACAGUGCUCAAGGAGCCUGCAAAUUUGGUCUGUACGAGUUCUUCAAGAAGUAUUAUUCUGACUUGGCUGGAGAGGAGAACGCUUAUAAGUACAAGACCUUCAUCUACCUGGCUGGUUCUGCUUCUGCUGAGUUCUUCGCAGAUAUUGCUCUGUGCCCUAUGGAGGCCAUCAAAGUGCGUGUGCAGACGAAGCCUGGAUUUGCUAACGGUCUCUCAGAUGGUUUCACAAAGUUCGUUGCCGCUGAUGGUUACGCUGGACUCUACAAGGGACUGGUUCCACUCUGGGGUCGCCAAAUUCCUUACACCAUGAUGAAGUUCGCCUGUUUCGAGAGCACUGUCGAGGCCCUCUACAAGUACGUUGUGCCAGUCCCAAAGAAGGACUGCUCCAAGGGCACCCAAUUGGGAGUCAGUUUUGCCGCUGGUUACAUCGCUGGAGUUUUCUGCGCUAUUGUGUCUCAUCCAGCUGAUAACCUUGUUUCCUUCCUCAACAACGCCAAGGGCGCCACUGUUGGACAAGCCGUUAACCAAAUGGGUAUGGUGGCUCUCUUCACCCGAGGUCUACCUCUUCGAAUUGUGAUGAUCGGAACACUAACAGGAGCUCAGUGGGGUAUUUAUGACGCAUUCAAGGUCUUCGUUGGACUGCCAACUACGGGAAGCGCCCCAACUGAUGAGAAGGCGAAGUCACAUUAAUUGCGGCGGACUGAUUUCUGACGAGCAUAUUUCCAACAUGUAUUGCCCAUAUAUGGACAAUGGUUUCUGAUGUGGGUACAAUCAAUUGAUAAUGAGGAGAAAGCCAUCAAAAGGGCACCUCAAACGGCAUCUUUACUUUUUCAACCCACAAGAUACUACACAGAGCUUUCCUGUCACUUCUUAUAUUAGUUGCUCUUAUUCCAGAGGAAAUCAUUAACAUUUUUGCCAGAGUAUGAAAUUUGUUAUAGUUAUCGUAGCCCAGCCUCGCACCCAUUCACAAGGCAUCCGGUUGAGUGGAGAGCACUUGUAAAUGGCUCAUAAAUUGGUCUGAUUUUGGACUUAUCCAAAUUUUCUAAAGACGGAAGUUUCUUCCACCUUUUUUCUUUGGAAAAGAACCCACUAGUAGUUUGUAGAAAAUUGUGUUCAAGCAUCCACUUGAAAAAGAUUUGACUUUCAUAGCUAAUGUCUUGCAUGUAUCACUUACGAGGAAGAACGUUCACC